AAUCUCCAAAUUUGGGAAGUUGUGAGCUAAAUUGGACUGAGGAAGUAUCAGCUUUGAAUCUCCAACUUUUUAACAUUUCCAAAGUCGGUCACUUUGGUGCCUCAGUUCUCAACAUACUGAAAGUUUUAAAGAGAAAGAUGGAAGAAAUAGAUCACAAAUUCGUUGAAGUGAAUGGUCUAAAGCUUCAUAUAGCUGAAAUUGGAAGUGGGUUUUCCCCAGUUGUGGUAUUCUUACAUGGAUUCCCUGAAAUUUGGUAUUCUUGGAGGUACCAGAUGAUAGCUGUAGGCAAAGCGGGUUACAGAGCAAUUGCACCCGAUUUUAGAGGAUAUGGGUUAUCGGAUCAACCAACUCAACCCGAGAAAACCACACUUCUCGAUCUUGUCAGUGACCUCCUUGCGCUCCUUGACGCUCUCAGCAUCUCUAAGGUUUUUCUUGUUGGCAAAGACUUUGGAUCUGCUAUCCUCUCCCGUUUUGUUCUUCUCCAUGGGGAAAGAGUCUCUGGAAUUAUUACCAUGGGUGUGCCAUUCGUGCCCCCACAACCUGCCAAUUACUCUGAAAAACUCCCCGAAGGCUUCUAUAUUUCACGUUGGAGGGAGCCUGGGAGAGCUGAAGCUGAUUUUGGUCGCCUUGACGCUAAAACUGUAGUGAGGAAUGUAUACAUUCUUUUCUCCAGAAGUGAAAUACCAAUAGCCAAUGAAGAUCAGGAAAUCAUGGACAUUGUGCAACCAUCGACUCCUCUUCCCCCUUGGUUCUCCGAGGAAGACCUGGCUGCAUAUGGAGCUUUGUAUGAAAAAUCUGGAUUCCGAACUGCAUUGCAGGUUACUUAUAGGAGGUCAAUGCAUGAACAAGCCAACAUUAAAGAUCCAAGAAUUCAUGUUCCAGCACUGUUUAUCACGGGCGAGAAGGACUAUUUUCUGAAAUUUCCAGGAGUCCAAGACUACAUAAGUGGAGGACUCAAAAGUUUAGUCCCUAAUCUGCAGAUGGUUAACUUGCCAGAAGGAACACAUUUUGUUCAAGAACAAUUACCUGAUGAGGUCAAUCGACUCGUGCUCGACUUCCUCACAAAGAAUAGCCAAUCUUGAAAGUCAUCAGCAAGGCUUUGCUGAAGAGUUUUCAACAGUUUGGUUUGUUGCAUUUGUCUAUGAAGCGUGAAUGAUCAGUCCAUCUUUUAUUAAAAUUAUUAUGGGUGCGCAAGGAGAUUCAUCUGAAUAUCUCUUUCGUCGAAAAUUAUACAACAUCAACAAGUUUAAAAUUAUUUUGGUC